ACACUCCGGAACACAAGGGGGCGCUACGCCGUGAAGGGCCUGGAGGACGAGAUAAAGGAGCAGAGAAACAAGACACGUUGAUGUCGGCUCACGUGCAGUGAGACACCCACCACGCGUCUGUCUUCGUCUCACUCUCAGCGAACAGACAAUGUCUCGGUUGAAAGGAGCGGAGCAGCGGGAUUCUCUGGCGGGCUUCAGGGCGGAUAAGAAGGAGCCGUCCAUUCCUUCCGGUCUGCUGAGGGCGGCGCGGCUGAGCGGACAGCUCAACCUGUCCGGCCGAGGGCUGACGGAAGUCCCUCAGGAUGUGUAUCGUCUGAACACUGACCCGCCACAGGAGGCCCAGCAGGACGUCUCCUUUGGAUCUUCUCAUUGCUGGUGGGAGCAGACGGACCUCACCAAACUGCUUCUGUCCUCCAAUCAGCUCACACAACUGUCUGAUGACAUCAGACUGCUUGCUGCACUCACUACUCUGGAUCUCCAUGACAACCAGCUGAGAAGUUUACCCAGUGCUCUGGGAGAGCUGCAGGAGCUCCAGCAACUGCGACUCAGUCAUAACAAGCUGACAUCACUGCCAAUCGAAGUGUGUACUCUGAAGAACCUCUGCAGCAUCACACUCCAGCAGAACCAGCUGGAGAGCCUGCCAGAUGAAAUGGGACACCUGGAGAAGCUGACCCACCUGGAUCUGUCUCACAACCAUCUGAAGGAGCUGCCGAUGAGUCUCGGCCAUCUCGGCUCUCUGCAGAAACUCAACGUGUGCCACAACCAGCUCAGCUGUCUGCCUGCCGGCCUGGCCCAGCUCACAAAUGUUAAGCUUUUGGACUUGAGCAAUAACCAGCUGACUGAUAUUCCUGCCAGUCUAUCAGAGAUGUCUGCUCUGGAGCAGCUUUACCUCAGACACAACAAGCUCUGUGUCCUCCCAAAGCUGGGUGCACCUACACUCAAGGAGUUGUAUGUUGGGAACAACUGCAUAGAAGAGAUGAGGACGGAGCAGCUGGCCCCCCUCACAGCCAUCUCUCUUCUAGAGCUCCGAGACAACAAGAUCAAGAUCCUCCCCGAGGAGAUCUCCUCCCUGAAUACGCUCACACGCCUCGACCUCACCAACAAUGACAUCUCCACUCUUCCAGCUUCUCUCAGCCUGCUGCCCAACCUGAAGGUGUUACUCCUGGAGGGAAACCCUCUGAGAGGAAUCAGGAGAGACCUGCUCACUAAAGGAACCGAUGUGCUCCUGAAAUACUUAAGAGGAAGAAUCAAAGGCGAUCCAGAGAGCGCGGAGGAAGGACAUACCGCUAUGACGUUACCCAGCCAGGCCAGGGUCAAUGUACACAACAUUAAAACUCUCAAGUCCUUGGCUUACAGUGAAAAGCAGGCCGUUGACAUUCCAGAUGAGCUGUUUGAUGCUGCAGCAGAUCAAGGUGUUACCACCGUCAACUUCAGCAAGAACCAGCUGACCUCCAUACCCCCCAGACUGACUGAGCUCUCAGCCUCCCUGUCAGACAUCAAUCUGGCCUUCAACAGACUCACCUGUUGUUCUCCUGACAUCUGCAAGUUCCUGCAGCUGAUGCACAUGGACCUCAGGAAUAAUCAGCUGAGGGAUCUACCAUCUGAAAUCAAAAACUUAAAUAAACUACGCUCCAUUACCCUCAAUUACAACAGGUUCACAUGGUUCCCUGAUGUCCUUUAUCAGAUGGUUUCCUUAGAGACGGUGCUGAUGGGUAACAACCAAGUGGGUGAGGUGGACGCUCAUCGUCUGAAGAUGUUGGUCAAUCUGUCCACGCUGGACCUGUCCAACAAUGACCUGCUGAACAUCCCCCCUGAAGUGGGCCUGUGUGCCAGUCUCAGGUGUCUCGGUCUGGAGGGCAAUCCUUUCCGCACACCCAGACCAGCUAUUUUGGCCAAAGGAACAGAAGCCGUGUUGGAGUACCUCCGCAGCCGCAUCCCCAAAUGAGCCCUCAGAUCAAUGCUCUCUGCUGCUCUUUGUUAUACAAAAUUUCAAUCUGAAAAUAUCAUA